UAUCCUGCAAAGAAUAGCCCCAGAAGAAAGAUGACAAAGUUUAUGACAACAUUGCACAAUCGCCGUUGGCGGUGUCCUGGUAUUUACCCCUGGGAUGGUUAUUUCAACGUGAUUAGGUGGGCCAUAUUUGAGAUUGGAUUCAGGAUGGCAGGGAAGCAUUAUCGUCCCAAUCUGUGGGCGGAAAAAAAUGCUCCCUUAGGUGGGUAAAGUAAGAGCUGGUGCUCCACUAACAGUGAUGAAGAGACAGAGAUCCUGGGGGGACUGGGACCUCCUGGGAAGCAACACAGAGGACAACACAGACAACAGUGAACAGGAUGAGUCCUCGUCUCUGAGGUCGUCUUGGUCCCUGCCCAGCCAUCAGCCCCCCCCUUCUCUGAUGUUGUUCAUGUGGGACAGCGGCCAGUGACAGGAUAACAGUGGCACUCUGGCCGUCUGUAUGCAGGCGGACACUAUGAACUACGUGGGCCAGCUGGCAGGUCAGGUGCUGGUAACCGUCAAAGAACUGUACAAGGGAAUUAAUCAGGCCACGCUAUCGGGCUGCAUCGAUGUUGUGGUCGUCCGCCAGAGAGAUGGCAGCUACCAGUGCUCACCAUUCCACGUACGCUUCGGCAAACUCGGUGUACUGCGCUCCAAAGAGAAAGUGAUCGACAUUGAAGUGAAUGGAGAACCUGUAGACCUGCACAUGAAGCUUGGUGACAAUGGAGAGGCCUUUUUUGUUCAGGAAUCUGAGCAGCAGAAUCAGAUUGUCCCUGCCCACCUGGCCACCUCCCCAAUCCCCACCGAGAGUCACCUGUUCUGGAUCUCAGAGGUUGAGCACAGGGCAGCAAAAGAUCUGGAGGAUGACCCUGCUGACCCAGAAGACCCACCCGAGCCUCCUGCUCCCAGCACCAUGGCCACAAAAAAGAAGAAGAAACGGAGGAAGAAGCACAAAGGAGACCCCCGAAGAGAGGAGCUGACCCCGCCCAUGUCAGUCACCACUGGUAAUACUAUUGCUGCUAACGCACCUGCUGCUACGACCGCUGCUAUGUCCAGCACUGGGCAAAAUGAAGAGAUCUUUGAGAUGGACCUGAGCUCUGAUGAGGAAGUUGCAUCACGUGUCUCAAGGUCACCUUCAGUGACCACAAUGCGAGACAUUGACCCCAAAUUACCCGCAGCCAGACACAGUCUGGAUGGUUAUCCACUGUCUGAUGGGGACUGGCCGGCAGAUGACAGUCAUGGCUUGUCUCAGGCCUUUUCCCCAAAGAGUGACUCUGAACUGAUGGUCAGGCCCUCAGAGAGUUUGCUUAGAGCUGAGUCCCACAUGCAGUGGACCUGGGGAGAGUUUCCAGAAACAACCAGGGUCACCAAAAAAGAGAGACCAGAACUACUAAAAACAGUGACCAUCACCCCAUCAGAGAGCACCCACUUCCGCGUCAUCCUCAGCUCUGAGGCCAUGGAGAAUGAGACUGAUAUUGAAAAGGAAGAUGGUGCUUCCUGCUCAGUGUGUACCAUUGUCAAGCCCGAGCCACGCACCCCUAUCACCACUGUAACACCUAUAAAUCCUCUCGCAUCUGUCAGCCCUAUAACCUCUGUGAGCCCCAUAACCCCCACAGAGCCCCUGGAUGUCCUGCCAUCCAACGUGGCAACCUCCACCCCUUCCAACAGCCAACUGAGUGAUUCACCCUCGAAGAAGAAAGGUGUCCCAAAGAGGAGCCAGCAUCAGGGUCCUGAGGAUAUCUACCUAGAUGACCUGAAUGUACUUGAACCUGAUGUUGCUGCACGGUAUUUUCCUAAGAGUGAGUCUGAGGCGGCGACUAAGCACUGGAUGGACUCAGAGAUGCCCUCUGGUUCACAGUCUCCACAGUCGGUGGGUAGUGCAGCGGCUGACAGCGGGACAGAGUGUCUGUCUGACUCAGCAAGUGACCUCCCCGACGUCACUCUUUCUCUGUGUGGAGGCCUCACAGAAAAUGCUGAAAUAUCCAAAGAAAGGUUCAUGGAGCAUAUCAUCACCUAUCAUGAAUUUGCUGAAAACCCGGCAAUUAUAGAUAACCCUAACCUUGUAGUGAAGAUAGGAAAUAGGUAUUAUAAUUGGACACUAGCUGCACCCUUGAUUCUAAGUCUACAAGCAUUUCAGAAGAAUUUACCAAAGGCUACAGAGGAGGCCUGGAUGAAGGAGAAAAUGCCAAAGAAGUCAGGCCGCUGGUGGUUCUGGCGAAAAAGGGCGGAUAGUACAAUCAAGCAGUCGGAGACUAAGCUUGAAACUAAGGAGGACUCUCAUCUGGAGGAGGAAGGACCCUCCAUAUCUCAGGAGAAACUGUCCUUGCCGCCUAAAGCAGGAGACUCAUCCAGUGACGAAGAGGCCAAGGAGGUGAGUGCUGCAUCCUGUCAGGAGAGACUGCAGCCAGUAGAUGGUCAGCACCACCCCAGCCCACAUACUUACAGGAAGUCACUACGCCUCUCCUCUGAUCAGAUAGCCAGUCUGAAACUGAAGGAGGGACCUAAUGAUGUGACGUUUAGCAUCACCACCCAGUACCAGGGCACAUGCCGCUGCGAGGGCACCAUCUACCUGUGGAACUGGGACGACAAAGUCAUUAUCUCUGACAUUGAUGGUACCAUCACCAAGUCGGAUGUGUUUGGACAAAUCCUGCCACAGUUGGGGAAGGACUGGACCCACCAGGGCAUUGCCAAGCUCUACCACUCAGUAGCUGAGAACGGCUACAAGUUCUUGUACUGCUCAGCAAGGGCUAUUGGAAUGGCGGACAUGACAAGAGGUUACCUGCAGUGGGUCAAUGAUGGAGGCACCAUUCUCCCCCGGGGACCUCUCAUGCUGUCUCCCAGCAGCCUCUUCUCAGCCUUCCACAGGGAGGUCAUUGAGAAGAAACCAGAGAUCUUCAAGAUUGAAUGCCUUACAGAUAUCAAGAACCUGUUCCAGCAUAACAAGCAGCCAUUCUACGCCGCCUUUGGGAAUAGGACUAAUGAUGUGUUUGCCUAUAAGGAGGUGGGGGUUCCAGUGUGUAGGAUCUUCACAGUCAACCCCAAGGGAGAGCUGAUCCAGGAGCAGACCAAGGGAAACAAGUCCUCUUACGGCAGGCUCAGUGAGCUGGUGGAGCAUGUGUUCCCUCUGUUGAGUAAAGAGCAGAACGAGGCCUUUGUUAUGCCAGAGUACAGUUCUUUCUGUUACUGGAGACAGCCCAUACCAGUCAUCAACCCCGAUGAAAUGCUCUGAUCCAACACAUGGACAAGGACACCCAGGUAUUCAUAUACAUGCAAUUGGACUGUGCACUUGAAUGCGUCUCCAGGAAACACAUGGACUGAAACUCAAACUUUCCUAUACAGACAGGCAUCCUCUCAAAUCUACAAUGAGUGUGAAACAGUAACAGGGUUAUGACCAUAAACACAAAAAAGCUCGUAAACUGUAAUUACCCAUUAGACAUGAGUGGGAGUUAUCUUCUGAACAGUAAAUCCUGGUGAAUAAUCCCUGAAAAAUGUCAUCCCAGAGAGACAAGAGACUAAUCACCAACUAGAUUGUCAUCAUUCCUCAUCCUAACCCAAUGACCAGUCUUUAGUCCCCAUCACUGUCCGGGGAUAAAGAUCUGAGACCAUCUUUUCUUUCUGAAACUUCCAGCAAACAGGACGAUCUGCAUUUGUCAUCAGGGAAGCGACUGAAGCAAAGACACGAGGCAUUAGCCCUCAGCACUAGAGUCUGAGCCGUGCAGAAGGAAAUGACAUUGACUUUUUUUUCCCCGUCACCUUUAAAAAUGAUUCUGAAAGCCCUGAAGAAGUUAAAUUAAACGUUCCUAGGGGGGGCACACUGUUAAUUAAAACAGGAUAGGCAAUUAACACUGGCCGCUGCUCAUGGGCUGGUAAUAUUUUGCUGUGGCUACUAUGUUUGCCUAUACGCAGGUGUCCAGCCUUUAUCUGGAGGCUGUAUUCUGUUCUAAAACAUCAAGUAAUAUAGUGAUAGUGACCAAUAACUGCUACACCACCUACGAACCAUACACAGUGGUUAGUUGAAAGCUACUGUAGGUGUUCAGUAUUGUCCCUGACUCUCUCGACUGUGGUCAUUGGUUCACUGCUGGUGGAACAGAUUUCAGAUUGCCACCUUUUCCCUGGAGAGCUUACGGCGUUCGUACCGAAUGAGUCAUAUUUGGUAUUGUUAAUGUUGAAGGUCAACCAGGGACAUACUAUUGCCAACAUGUAUGUGAAGAUACACACUUAGAUGUGACUUAAAAACAAAAUGAAGCAGCUUCGUGGUAUAUUGUCUUGCUGUUAUUUUAAUGUUUAUUCUGUUAUACAAGCUCUGGCGAAUCAAGUGUGUUUUGUUAACAAUGCAGUCAUUAUUUAUGAUAAUUGAUAUGUUUAAGUUAUUGAUUUCUAUCGUGAUGCCUUUGCUUGUCUGAAAAAGUAAUUUAUCACCAAUGCAAUGUGGUUGGUCACAGGUUAAUAUGCACUUAACAGUAACUGCUCGGCCUUGUACGAUCUUUUUCUUUUUUUUUUUUUUUAAGUCUGGUAUCCCAUUUUCACAGCAAUCUGUAUUCCUUAUUUUACAGUGAAACAUGUAAGGUUAAUACACAUUCCUUAGCAAACCUCAGAAUCUGCAGCUUUAGUAUUAAAAUAUGUGUCUAAAUGUAAAAGAUAACGCUUGAGUGGGAACAGUGGAAAGAAGAAGAUCUGGAGAAAAAAUUUGUGAGGUCCUCUGUAGGACGACUACGGGAUGAUGUAAGUGUGUGUGUAUGUGUGCGUGCGUGCGUGCGUGCGUGCUGCAUACCUAAUCACUGCGUGUUGCUGCUGUUGGGGGUGACCAGAUUGUUCACCCUUUGCUUAUGUUCCCUCAGUGGCUUUACUGAGACUUAUCCAACGCACUUUGUCUAAGCUGCACCCAGAGACGCAACUCAAAACACCUCUCACCCACAUGCACUUCACUGAAGGGCUUCAUAGGGAAUAGACCAGCGAAUGCAACUAGUUCAGGAUGAAGAGUUUCUAGUUUUACCUCUUUUUUGUGUGAGUGACCUUCUGACACCACCGACAAAUCAGCUAUUCUGAAAUAUGCCAAUAUGAGUAAAUGUGGAGAUAAAAACAAAAUAAUGUUUAUUUUGGGUGCUGAACAGAGCUACCCGGUGUGUGUGUGUGUGUGUGUGUGUGUGUGUGUGUGUGUGUGUGUGUGUGUGUGUGUGUGUGUGUGUGUGUGUGUGUGUGUGUGUGUGUGUGUGUGUGUGUGUGUGUGUGUGUGUGUGUGUGUGUGUGUGUGUGUGUGUGUGUGUGUGUGUGUGUGUGUGUGUGUGUGAUAAAGAGGAAAGACUUUUCCCAUGCCUCUGGUGCCCGGAGAAGAAAGAGAUAAACAGGAAAUACUUGACUGUGUACAGAAAACCUUUUUGAAGCGCUUCAUUGGCAUUAUGUGUGUAUGUUUUUAGGAAAGGACUUGUGGCAAGAUGUGCCACUCCACUGACAUGGAUCAUACCUCCAGCACAAGUGUAAUAGUAACAUGCUAAUAUGUGUUAGUGAGGAUUAAAAAUCAGAAGAGUCAGAGGGAGACUUGACAGACAGAACCAUUUAAUGAAAAAAAAAAAGCACAAUUUACAAUACAAUUCCGUACAUCCAGAUUUGUCGCUAUCAGCCUGUUAUUAUUUCGCUGAAGUGUUUCCGCAUUCACUCUGUAGCUCAGAUGUUCUGUGAUGAUUUAAGAUGCGUGUUUUUCUUUGAUUUGUUUGCUUGUUCUCUACGAAGUUUGGUGAAGUCAAAUAGAUAUAUCUUAUGAUUAACAAAAUGAAUUCCAUUCUUUCUAUGAAAGUAAAGCAUCUUGUGUGGAAGAAUCACACUUCAUCCUCUAUGAUCCUGGGAUACAUGGUAUAUAAUAUUGUUUGUUCUCACUCAACUGCUGUGGAAAAUGAUCCAGUAUAUAUGCUGAUCAUCACAUUCUUCUGUCUUUGAUGCCUUUUUUUUUGUUUUUAUUAUUUCAUAUAAAGUGUAUGAUCUUUUGUGGGACUAUGUUUGUGUCAUUCUGUUUGGAGGUAAUGCUUGCUAUUUGAUUGUGUCUGACCAACAGGAAUACCUUAAGUGUAUGCUGUGUUUGAUUUGUAUAGAAAUGUGGUUUAAAGUAUGUUUAAAGAACAAAAUACAUUGUAUGAAGAAAAAAAAAGGCCUAAUGAAGCUAACAAAGUGUGGCUUGUGGUCAUAUUUGUAUUAAAUAAAGUUUCUAACUGAA